GGCUUGAAUCAUGACAUGGUGGAUGCCAGCCCUUCCAGGGUUGGCCAUAUAAGGGGCUUCAGUGCACACAGUUUGUUUGUGAGUGCGGACAGUGUAUUCAGUGUUGCUGUCAUGUUUUUCCAGAUGUGUAGGAGUCGGACCGCUUUGACCAGCUGGCUUAUACUUCUGGUCCAGCUGUUAUGUCUAGAGGCUGUGCCUAUUAGCAUGGACAAGACAAAGAUUGAAGAUACAGAGCCAAAAGCCGAAGAAGCCCCAGCCAGCGUGGACACCGGACUCCACUAUGAUCGUUACCUCCGGGAGGUCAUCGACUUCCUAGAAAAAGACCAGCAUUUCAGAGAGAAGCUACACAACACUGACAUGGAAGACAUAAAGCAAGGCAAACUUGCCAAGGAGCUCGACUUUGUUAGUCACCAUGUCCGAACCAAAUUGGACGAGCUGAAAAGGCAGGAGGUUAGCCGCCUGCGGACACUGAUAAAGGCCAAGCAGGACCUGGAAGGAGGAAACGACAUUGCAGUGGACCACCAAGCUCUGUUGAAACAGUUUGAGUACCUGAAUCACAUGAACCCGCACACCUUUGAAGUGGAGGACCUGGACCGGCUCAUCAGAUCAGCCACCAACGAUCUCGAGAACUUUGACAAGGAGCGACACGAGGAGUUCAAGAAGUAUGAAAUGUUGAAGGAGCACGACCGACAGGAGCACCUGAAGACUCUGGACGAGGAGGAGAGGAAGAAGGAGGAAGAGCACUAUGACGAAAUGAAGAAGAAGCAUGCAGACCAUCCAAAAGUCAAUCAUCCAGGCAGCCAAAACCAACUGAAAGAGGUGUGGGAGGAAGCUGAUGGCUUGGACCCAGAGGAUUUUGACCCAAAGACGUUCUUCAAGCUUCACGAUUCCAAUGGCGACGGCUACUUUGAUGAGCAAGAACUUGAGGCUCUUUUCACCAAGGAGCUGGAGAAGAUUUAUGACCCCACCAACGAGGAGGACGACAUGGUGGAGAUGGAGGAGGAGAGGCUCCGCAUGAGGGAGCAUGUUAUGAACGAGGUGGACUCCAACAAGGACAGACUGGUCUCCUUGGAUGAAUUUUUAGUUGCUACAAAGAAAAAGGAAUUUCUAGAGCCAGAUAGUUGGGAGACACUGGAGCAGAACCAGGCCUACACAGACGAGGAGAUGAGGGAGUUUGAGGAGCAUCUAGUGCAGCAGGAGGAGGAUCUCAACCAAAAGGCUGUGGACCUCCAGAAACAAAGGCAGGAGCUGGAGAAACAACAGGAGCAACUCAAUGCGCAGAAGGUUGAGCUGCAGCAGGCUGUAGAACAUAUGGAACGUCUGAAAACACUGAAAGUAGAGCCCCCUCCAGAGGUUCACAUUGAAGGAAAUGCUAUUCCAGAGGUACAUGGAUAUGAAAACGCGUUGCCUCCUGGCCACGGAGCCACGUCAAAGGAGCACCAGUCCCCACCUCAAGGGCAGCUUGAACCCCUGCAGGCCCACCCAGAGGGGGCAGAUCAGAACCAGGGCCAGCAUGGUCUGCCUCAGAUACAGCACCACUUGCCACCGGGACACCAAGAGAUCCACAGAGAUCCCAAUUCCCCCUAAGCUGCUACUUCCUUCUGCUGGAUGGCAGACAGGAACGGGACGGUAAUUAAAGACAGGUCUGUUCUCAUGCCCCCCUCUGUUUUUGUACCCGUGCUCUUUGUUGCACUGUGUUCCCAGUGUGCAGAAGUGCGGCCCUUGGUCUGCCUGACGCCUUGUUUCUGCUCAACGGCAUUUUCGAUGGAGGACUUCAGGAGUACGAUGAAUAAAAAUAAUUUUAAACCCAAUGCAAAGACUCUAACUUUGAGGCAUUUUAAACCAGUGUUCCCGGGAGAACUGCGACCCUUGGAUUAUGUGAGCCGAUGACGAAAACAAAACGCCUGCAAAGCAAAUCGACAGACGCGCAUCUUAAAAAUGUGUUUGCUUUGACAUCUCAUUGUGAAUUCGAUAACAUUAGCCUACCAUCCUUUCAGAUAUUUUAUACUAUUAAGAAAAGUAAACCAUACGACAAACUAGUAUGGUGUUCGCUUUCAAUGUUCAAAUUGAGAAUACGUAGAUGUAUUGAGCAUGUUUUACAAGCUCAUUGUAGGAUUUUAAGUUUUGAUACAAGUUCCAGUCCAAAUGCCAUUGCACUCACGUCAAUUUUGUUAUGUGGUCUUAUUGUGCUGAAUGUGUGGAUGGCUUAACGUGAUUUAUAUUAAGAAUAAAACAAACAUGUUUUCAUG